CGCACAUGCUCAUUCGGACCAGCUCCGGAGUCGGGACAUGUGCAGAAGCAAAGAGGGCUCAUUGGGCAGGUUCUGCUCUGGCUGCUCCGGGAGCUUUUCCUGCUGCUGCCCAGCCGCUCACGGGCUCUAUAAAUAGUUUCCCAUCCCAAAAUGCUCCGGCCGCUACAGCGGCUGGCUAAGAGGCGGGCGCUGCCUCCCUCGCCCGGGGCGUAGGGAGCCCGGAGGGACCCAGGCGGAGUGCGGAUAAUUUGCUGUGAAAGCCUUUAAUGCUCCAGUGUUCUUCCGGACUACGAGUCUGGUAUGCCUUGCAGCAGGAGCGGGACAGACUAAUGCUAGACCGCAGGCCUUCCUUUUAAAGGUUUCAUAGCAAUAUCGGGAAAAGUUCCACGAUAGACCAUGCCUGUCCCUCCCCCGCCAGCUCCUCCACCUCCCCCAACUCUUGCACUGGCAAAUACCGAAAAGCCUUCCUUAAACAGGUCUGAACAAGCAGGGCGAAAUGCUCUCUUAUCUGAUAUUAGCAAAGGAAAAAAGCUAAAGAAGGCUGUUACUAAUGAUAGAAGUGCCCCUAUCCUAGAUAAACCCAAAGGAUCUGGUGGCGGCGGCAGUGGUGGAGGAAGUGGCGGAGGAGGAGGUGGUGGCGGUGGUGGCUAUGGCGGAGGUGGACCACCUGGCUUAGGAGGCCUGUUUCAGUCAGGAAUGCCAAAGCUCAGAUCUGCAGCAAAUCGAGAUACAGAUUCUGGAGGAAACAGACCUCCCAUGCUGCCACCAGGAGGAAGAACAACAUCUGCCAAGCCUUUUUCACUUCCAAGUGCCGCUGGGAGAUUUCCAGGGCCUUCUUUGGGGCAAAGAAGUACCGCUCCCGAACCACAGAGAAACCGAAUGCCACCUCCGAGACCUGAUUUUGGUUCCAAACCAGAUACAGGACCUCCUCCAGUGCCAAAUACUCCAAGACCCAUUCCAUCAGGUUUACACAACAGAGUAUCCCCUCCUGUGCCAGGAGUAAACAGGCAAACCAACGCAGGGCCUAUCCCUCCAUCUUUCCCAGGAAACAGAAAUACAGGAUUCGGAGGAUCUAUUCGCCAGUCGACUGCAAGUUCCUCGCCUUCUUUCUCUAACAGACCUCCCCUUCCUCCUGCGCCUGGCAAGUCAACAGAUGACAAGCCGCCGCCGCCACCACCUCCAACAGGAAACAGGGCACCCAUCAACCGGGAACCUUCCUUUCCACCUCCACCGCCUCAAAACAAUAAACCUCCCAUUCCUUCCACGCCUCGGCCAUCCACUGUCUCACAGGCUCCACCCCUGCCUCCAGGCAGGCCAGGCCCACCUCCAGUUCCACCCAUUUCCAGUGGAAAUGAUGACAUGCCACGUCUUCCACAAAGGAAUCUGUCUCUAGGUUCUCUUGCACCUCCCAGCUUGCCUGGGACAGGUCGAUCUGUCCCUCUUCCUCCCCCUCCAAAUGAGCGGCCUCCUCCUCCAGUAAGAGAUCCACCUAGCAGAUCAGGACCCCUUCCACCUCCUCCUCCUGUAAACAGAAAUGGCAGCAUUUCACGGGCAUUGCCUGCUACUCCACAGCUGCCUUCCAGGGCAGGAUUAGAAAACCAGAGAGGUGGACCAAGGCCUCCACUUCCUCCUGACAGACCUGGUUCCGGAGCUCCUCCACCACCACCUCCUGCACCAUCAUCAGCAAUCAGAAAUGGCUUCCAGGACUCGUCAUUUGAAGAUGAGUGGGAAAGCAGAUUUUCCUUCCAUCCGAUAUCUGACCUGCCACCUCCAGAGCCAUAUGUACCAAUGAACAAAAGUUACCCCAGUAAACUAGCAAGGAAUGAAAGCAGAGAUGGCUCUGGCCGAAGAGAAAGAGGUGUCCCACCGCUCCCGCCUAUACCGAGUGGUGCUUAAGACUGGAACAUCACAGAAGAAUUGUGUUCAACCUUUUUACCAACUUGUGAUCUCUUAAUGAACUUUAAAAUAUGAAAAUUGAAGUUAUAUUACUAUCAAUGUUUUUACCUCCAUUCUUCCCUUAAUGGUGUUCCCCACAAUACCCCAAAACCAGAAUUGUAAGUAUCAGGAUAGGAGCACUUUUCUGGAUCUAGGGAUGUGCAUCUGACUACCAUGCUCAAGCAGGAACACCCAACCUAGGGUGACCAGAUGUCUCGAUUUUAUAGGGACAGUCCUGAUUUUUGGGUCUUUUUCUUAUAUAGGCUCCUAUUACCCCCCAACCCGUCUCAAUUUUUCACACUUGCUGUCUGGUCACCCUACCGCCACCACUCUGACAAUCCCUUACAGUAGCUACUAGUGAGGUGGGAAAGAUUACACGGUGCUCCUUUAAAGUUUCCUACAAUCCCUUUUCCAAACAUUUUUGUUCCUUCAGUGCCCCCUUCUGUUUUGGUUAAGGGCUUUUAUAUCUCUUUUUAUAUAAACCUUUUCAUUAUCCUUGCCCUAAGUAUCCUGUUCAUGUUGUUUCUCCCCCCACCCCACCCCUUCUUAAAAUAUAACAUCCUAUUUGUUCCCUUCAACUUCCCUUUGGAUUUGAUAGAUUCAGGGGUAUAAGAGCCAAGAUUGACCCAUUUUGGGGAGAGAAUGUUUGACAAAAAAUAAAGUUUCUUUUUAAGUUGUCUGUCACCUGUCCAUCCUUUUUCCUCUGCAAUUGUUGGUUCUCAGUCUCUUUUUUUUGUUGUUGUUUUUCUUUCCAGUUUAUCUACAUGCUGAAAGCUUGUAUUAAGUCUUUUUCUUGUGUGUGAGAUUCUUGUUUACUUAGUUGAAGGCCCCAGGUUUGGUUUGAUUUUUUAAUUGACUUCCUAAAGAAACUAUGAAAAUUCCCCUGCCUGUAAGUUCCACUGUCCCAGUUACGAGGGGUUAUUGGCACAGGUAUGUGUGCUCCAAGUGUUCAGAACACGGAAAACACGCUGUUUUGGGCUUUGAGCUUUUGAAGGUCCUACACACAGAGACUGAAAGGGAAGGUAUACAAAGAAAGCAUUUUACAGUUGUCCCCCCUUCAGACAGACGGCAGUGAGAUCAGAGCGGAAGCAACACAUGACUUAGUUCCUUCCUGCUCAGCCACCACCAAGACUGAUGGAAAAUGGGUAAGUCAUGACCUGAUUUCUCCUUCCUUCAAUAGUGGGUUAAGAAGAGGCAACUUAAAGUCUGAUUCUCCUUUGCAGCAGCAAGAGAAUCAUGACUAUUGAUUCUAAAUACCCAACUUAAGUUAUAAAGUAAGGCAUAGUUAAUUAUAAGGCCAGCCUUUGCAGGUUAUAUAUUAACACAGUUUGGAAACUCAGCCUCCAACUAAAUUAGUAGGCUAAACAAGUUACAACAAAUAUAGAAAACUAUCACCUCCUGACUACUCUCUCUUAAUUCUAUUAUAAUUUGCUCUUUCUGUUAUUGUGGAGCAUUACAUGGGUAAUGUUUAAUUUCUAGUUUUAGUUCUAGUUUACUUAGAAAAGAAACAAAAUAGCAAAUUAAAAGCUUCCACCUUUAUGCCCUGCUGUUAGUGUUUAAAGCUUUAGAGAUGAGGCUCCUUGCAUCUAAAUUUUAUGCACCCACUGGCCCUAUCCAUGGCUGUAUAUACACAGAUUCUAUAAGCAUAUAGCCCCUGAGCCUUUGUGACAAGGAUCUGGGGGCUUACAGAGCCAAACAUUUGUGGGCCUGAGAUCCGGUUCAUGAUGUGAAAUGCUUCACCUGCUCAUGCAGAACAGUGACAAUAUUAAGGGAGUGAUACAGCAAGUUUCUCAGAGAAAGGCCCAAGCCCUACUCUUUCAGGCUCCCAAGAAGAGAUUCCAAAUGCUGUUGAGAACUAAUCCCCAAAGAUGGGAGUCUUUCUCAGCAUAGGGAGAACAGGGGGCCAGAAUCUACAACCCUUCUCUCCUCCCAAGGAGUGAGGCUGGGAGCAGCUCUGUUCCUACUAACAAUGAAAAGCAACUCUGGCUCAUUUUGGGGAGGUCAUCUUUCUGCUCUGUGAGGUCACAGGGAAUGGGGGGGAGGGUGAGGGCAGGUCCUGUGACCACCUUUCCCCUUCCUCGAGACAGGAUUUCUGAAGGG